CAAAAGCACCACCAAUUUCUUAAAAAAAACCAAAUACUAAAUUCAAAUGCCGUCACAAGAUCCUAAUAUUACUAUUGAAUCACUUGCUUUCCGGUUAAAACGGAGUAGAAUCAUGACAGGAUUUCAGGUAGCUGUAGAAACAGCGUUACUAUUACGACAAGUAGUUUCAACAGCCCGAUGGACCGACGUUAACCAGCUUAUCAGUCAGCUUCAGAAAUUAGGCUCUAAAUUGAUUGAAGCACAGCCAAAAGAAUUUGUUAGUGGAAAUAUUGUCCGCAGAGUGUUAUUCCUUAUACGAGAAGAAUUUAAUAAUGCAACAGAUGAAACAGAGCUAGAGAAACCAUCAGACGAACAAUUAAUUAAAUCAAGUAUUGAAGGAAAUCUAGAAAGAAUUACAUCGAGUCCUAUAUAUUCAUCUAUGCUGAAUCUGCUUGGAAAACCGAGUGAUUAUGAGCCUAAUGUGUCACAGAAAUUUACAAAUCGAAUAAAUGUGGAUUUGAGGCCUAUUUUUAUUCAAGGAAUCCAAGAUAUUAUUGACGAACUUGAGAAAACACAUAGUGAUAUUGCAGCACAAGCAAUGGAUCAUAUUCAUUCUAAUGAAAUAAUUAUGACAUAUGGUGCAUCAAAAACCAUUGAAACUUUUUUACGUGCAGCAGCAAAAAAAAGAAAAUUUACAGUUAUUUUAGCAGAAUCAUAUCCUAAUGAUCAUGUAUCUUCUCAUACAUUAACUGUUACUUUAGCAAAUGAAGGAAUUGAUACAAUUCUUAUACCCGAUGCAGCAGUUUUUGCAUUGAUGAGUCGAGUUAAUAAAGUUAUACUUGGUAGUCAUACAGUUUUUGCAAAUGGAGGUGUAUUAGUCUCAGCAGGUGCCAAAAAUCUAGCAGCAGCAGCUAAACAUCAUUCUACACCUGUUAUUAUAUGUGCUGGUAUAUACAAGUUCAGUCCUGUAUAUCCACAUAAUCCUGAUUCAUUAAUUGCUUUAUCUUCACCAAGUCACGUUAUACCAUUCGAUGAAGAUUUAAUGGGUUCAGUAGAUAUGAUUAAUGCUUGUCAUGACUAUAUUCCACCAUCCAUGAUUGACUUAUAUAUUACAAACUUAGGUGGUCAUCCACCAUCAUAUCUGGCAAGACUAAUUCGAGAACAUUAUGAUUCUGAAGAUACAAUACUCUAAUCCCAAUAAAUAAACUUAAGUGAAAAAAUCUCUUCAUCAAUAAAU